CUAGGUCAAUUCCAAAUCAUGCUUGCUGUAAUGCCCAUAAUACUUGUUACUGCCGCAUUCGACCUCGCAGGAAUGCUCACUGCAGGGCCACCUCUUGUGACACCUACGAUGCAAUGCUGACAGUCCUCAGCCGCCAGCGGACAUGACGUGCGGGGCUUAAGUGGGUCUCUUCCGGGCACUCUCCGCAAUAUGCACGUGAAACCGUGCCAACUUCGCGUUCUUAAUCGUGCUCACUCUCCCAUACUUAUUUGACACACCAUGCCAUAGCUUGGCACAGGGCUGCGCGCUCUCGCCUCGCUCACCGGCGCGCAGUAUACUUCGAUUUGGGUUCUUCUCGAUACGCCCUUACGGUCGAACAACAUGGCGAAUGUGUGGACACAGAUGGGCUACGUACCUCCGCGAGGGCAGUGCAACUUUAAGCAGACGAUCGUCUCAUCACGAUGCCCGUGUCUGCGUUUUAUGCUACACCCUUUGAAGUCAUCUUCAUCCUACGAAUGCGACGGCUGCGCCCAUCAUGCAUCUUUCCACUCGAUGGAAAACAAAGCCGAUGAUGAUACCCGCAAGAAAUGGGAACAAGAAGCUAAGGAGAAGGCAGAAGAACAUGAGCAUGAUGCAGCAGAGCGACCGAAGAAACGCCCGCGUGCUAUUGGCUACGUGAAGAACUCAGAGGGACUGCUGAAUUACCCAGGGCUUGGGGCGUUGCUUGAUGGUACGGCAGGCAAAGACAAGAACGCUGCGAAGACCAAGGCAGGCACGUCGAGGACAAUCCGAGCAGCUGGGUCACGAGGGAGGGGCAGGAUCACGGAGUUUGCAGAAGGAGAGGAAGUGGUCGUGGAGCUGAAUUGAUGGUUGUGGAUGUGUCGCAUCUCUUGCGGCGCCCUUCAUUUGCAAAGGCAGGUCCCGCAGGCUUUCAUUGCAUUAUAUCCCAUGGCAGGCGCGUGUUAGCGUUCAAGCCAUGUUGCGACUAAACGCACACUCGAUCCAAUCGACAACGGUUAUCAAGUACCUCUUUGAAGAUUCUUGGUCUCAUCACGACUGUCUAAAAGCCAAAAAUGACAUCUUCCCGCGUGC